CUAUCAUAUUAUGUGUAUUGAUAAGCUCAUUAAAUUCGAAUUAUAAACUCAAAUGUAAUAAAUACUCUAAAUUUUUCCAUCAGUAAACGCAGAUCCUUUUGCAUAAUACUGUUUGUAUGAGCAUAUAUAUAUUGCUUGAUAAAAAUGGCGCGAUUUGUACUAAUCUUUUUACUUCCAUGUUUAUGUGCAGUUCGACAGUCGGAUAUAAUCGACAAAAUUUUAGAAGACUUGGAGUCUCUUUACGUUACGGAAAAAAACGAACCGUCUGAUAAUCUUUCUCAAUACUCUCACAUUGAAAAAGAUCUUACUGAUGAAACAAGUUACCACCGAGAACUAAUUGAUAACGAUGUUCUUAACUUUUUAAAAGAAAGAGCAGAUGCAGAAAAUACCGAAACAUUAAAUCUCUUUGAUACGCUCAACUUAGAAAAUUGGGAAAAUGACGUAAAUAAUAAAAUUAUUAAAAAAACUAAAUUGAGGGAAAACCAAAACGAGAAGAACGAACUCAAAAAUCUUUUUUGGCAACAUUAUGGAAAUGAUAUUCUUAGAAAAGAACCUUCUAACGAAGAGAUUGCAUCUAAAUUGCAAAAACAAACUCUAAACUCCGAAAUAUUGAAAACGCUUAGUCCGGAAUUAGCCCAAAAACUACUUCAACAAAUUCUCGAUCUAAUUGAAAAGCAAAAUAACAAAAGAAGAUAGACUUGAGUUCAUCGCAUUGUCUUGCGAAGAAUUCAAGUCUUGCUUGAACUGCAUAUCAACGUUUUUCAAAUAAUUACCUUAAAGGUAUCUUUAUUUGUCGUUUUAUUUAUUUAAAGGUAUCUUUAUUCAUCGUUAAAUAGUUAAAUAAAAAAACAAUAUAAUUGUAUAAGUUUAUAAACAAAACAACAUAAAAUAAUGUUAUUAAGUUUAUAUAUUUUGUAAUUAGUUUUUUAUUUGGUACCAUGAAAAAUUAAUUAAUGUUACGUAACUAAUGAGAUGUAAACCACUUGUAUUGUAAAAAUCAACUGUUAUUUUGA